AUGGCACCCCAACAAAAUUCUACCCUAAUCGAUGGUAAUCUUGAAGUCUGUCCCUCAUUGUUGAAUAUACCGGGCGAAAUUAAUCGUUAUAGUCCCAUACUGCCGCCUAAAAAUAAAGAAAAUCUUGAUAAAAACAAUAAUAACAAUUACAAUAACAUUAAGAACAAUAAUAAUAAUAAUAAUAACAACAUUAUUAAUAAUUAUCAUGAACAUCAAGAUGUUAACUAUAUUCCCAAGUGGGAGCCAACGGAAAGGGAACUACGUAACUACUAUAAAUACAAACAUCAUCGUAGCGGAAGUAAUCGUAGUGGCCACAGUCGUCGAAGUCGUUCAAUUUCUUUAUACGGCGUCAAUAGUACAUUGGAGCAAGGUCAUAAAGAAAUAACAAUAUGGCUUAGCGAUGAACCCCGUUAUGUAUCUGGUGUCACCAAUAAAACUACAUGCAAUGACAUAAUCAAGGCUUUGAUUGAUGAUGAAAUCAGUAAUGGCAAUUAUGAAUACUGUCAACGAUUUAAAGAUGGAACAGCAUCGCGUGACUACAGCGAUUACGUUAUAACGGAAUGUUGGCGAGGUAUAGAACGCAGCUACGAUGGUAACAUGGCAAUUUUACCGGUUUGGAAAGCUUGGAGUCGUGUACACAAUGAGAUACGAUUAAGUUUAAAACAUCAUAAAGAUAUACAGGAUCCAGUAAAGGCUUUAAAAAACAACACCACCCUAUCGUCUAUACGUGAUUAUAUUUGCAAAUUGCUUACCUUUGGUAAAAAUAAAAAACGUAAUACAAAAUCAAAAAAGUCCAAUAAAUCAACAAAAUCCAAAAAAGAGGACAAAGAAAAUCCAACAAAAUCAAACGAUCUUAUGUUACUGCAAAAUAUUAAUGAGGAUAUUUGUACGAAAAAUGCGGAAGCCAAAGUGAAAAGUUCCAAUAUUAAACCCACAAUUGAAGAAACGGAAAUUCAAGCUAAAACUAAAAUAAAUAAAGAAAAGCUAUACAAAUUAUCUGAAACAAGAUCUUCGAUUCGUAAACGGCGUUCGGCUAGUAGACGUAAGGAUAAAAGAAGCUCUCAUGAUAGACGACGCGAUAGCGUUGACUUUAAUAACUUUCUACGCAAACGCAAAGAUUCCUCUAUACGUAGUUCUGUACGCAACAAAUUGGCCCAGAAAAAUGCCGAAAUGAAUGAACUUUAUGAUCGUGAAUAUGCUCUCACCAAGGAACUAACCAAUAAAUGUAAAAUGUAUAAGCUGCAAAAUGAUUUAUACACCACAUCCGAUAAAAAUCUUGAAAUAUCUGUGGGACAAAUUCAAAAAAGUAUUGAAGAGUGUGCCAAAGAAAUCAUACAGACAGAACACGAACUAUUAGAAGUUAAAAAUGAAAUAAAACACGAUAUUUCGAUUAUAAAUAAUCUUAAACGUUUAACAUUGGAUGCAGAUCUAAAUGAUUGUGGAGUGCCAAUCGAUUUAGACAAUAUUUUAAAGCCACCACCAACCGUUUUAGAGCCAACUCCAACUGCCACCAUAGAAACUAAGGACCAAAUGUUCUUUGUGGACAAUAUCUAUGAAUUUUGUGACAAUAAUGCCAGUAUGUUAGUUUAGCUAUGUUUAACAUAUUUACAUACUAUAUAGAAUUAACUUUAAAUAAUAAUUAAAUAAUUUGUAGACGGAUUAAUUUAUGUACAUAGUACUUACAUAUAUUUAAAUAAUUAGUAUCGUA